AUGCCUAAGAUCACGGGAAUCUUCUUCGACUGCGACAACACCCUUGUCCUGUCGGAAGAGCUGGCCUUCGAAGCAUGCGCGGACCUUGCUAAUGAGAUUCUUGCGAAGCGCAACAUCCCUGAUCGCUAUACUGGCGGGCAGCUGAUCCAGGACUUCGUUGGUCAGAACUUCCGCGGAAUGAUGAUUUCUCUUCAAGCCAAAUAUAAGUUCGAGAUGUCCAAGGAAGAACUUGAGGAGUACGUCAUAAAGGAGGAGGACGAGGUCAUCGGCAAGCUCAACGAAAAGGCACAGCCUUGCGUUGGGGCCAACGAGCAGCUGGAGAAGAUCUACAAUUCCAAGAAGUAUGACCUUGCUGUCGUCUCCUCCUCCGCCCUGCGCCGUGUCAAAGCCUCCAUCAAGAAGGUUGGACAGGACAAAUACUUCGAUGACGACCUCAUCUUCAGCGCUGCUACCUCCCUCCCCAAGCCCACUUCCAAGCCUGAUCCUGCUAUCUACCUACAUGCCCUUGAGGUGUGCAAGAAGAAGCCCGAAGAAGUUGUUGCCAUUGAGGACAGCAAGUCUGGCGCUCUGAGUGCCAUCCGCGCCGGUAUCCCAGUCAUUGGUUACGUUGGCAGCUACCCUGGUGAUGACAAGAAGAUUGAGAUGGCCCAGCGUCUCGAGGAACUCGGUGCUAAGGUGAUCAUGAAGGACUGGAGCGAGUUCGAACAGUGCCUUGAGCAGAUCGAAAGAGCUUAA